GCCCAGCGGGUUACGGAUAACUGCAGUCGGGCAGGGAAGAUGAUCGAACUGACCGCUGAAAACGAGUUGAUGAGCAUUGACUGCACGACAGUGGUUGACGCCAGGGAACAAGGCUCCGGAGUCGUUGCCUUCAUAUCGUAUGCCACUCUCGACUCCAUCCUGAACAAUAGCUUUAUCGACCAGCAAAACCUGAGAGAGGAUGACAAACUGGGUAGCACUACGCUGAAUUCGAAGGUAGUGAGUGGGACCAUUGGGAAACCCGGACCCCUCUCCAAACCUUUCUACUUCACCCUGGAGCAUAAACAGAGAAAGCAAACAGAAGACAAGAUUAUCUGUGUUUUCUGGAACCUCACUGGCACCUGGUCUACUGAAGGCUGCAGACUUCUCCAUGCAAACAGCACUCACACCACCUGCACCUGUAAUCACCUGUCCAGCUUUGCCAUCCUGAUGGCUUCACAUGCGAUCAAGGACAGUUACCCACUGAUCAUCAUCACCUACGUGGGACUGACCCUCUCCCUGCUCUGCCUCUUCCUCGCCAUCCUCACCUUCCUCCUGUGCCGCUCCAUCCGCAACGUCAGCACCUCCCUCCACCUGCAGCUCUGCCUCUGCCUCUUCCUGGCCGACCUGCUCUUCCUCACCGCAGUGAAGAGCGUCACCAAUAAGGUGGCGUGUGCUGUCAUUGCUGGCCUCCUACACUACCUCUUCCUGGCCUGUUUCACCUGGAUGUUCCUGGAGGGGCUGCACCUCUUCCUCACCGUCAGGAACCUGAAGGUCGUGAAUUACACCAGUGCCGGCCGGUUCAAGAAGAGAUUCAUGUACCCGUUCGGGUACGGAUUCCCAGCCCUGGUGGUGGCUAUUUCUGCAGCGGUGAAUCACAAAGGCUACGGAACUUCCGAACACUGCUGGCUCACAAUAGACGGAGGCUUCAUCUGGAGUUUCCUUGGACCGGUCUGCCUUAUUAUUGUGAUGAAUUUAACAUUUUUUAUCACAACCCUCUGGAUCCUGAGAGACAAAAUCUCCUCCCUCAAUGCAGAUGUCUCCACCCUCAAAAAUACAAGGUUACUGACAUUUAAAGCCAUCGCCCAGCUUUUCAUCCUGGGCUGCACUUGGAGUCUUGGUCUGUUGCAAACAAAAGCGGCAGCCACGGUCAUGGCGUAUUUAUUCACCAUCAUCAACAGCCUGCAGGGAGCCUUCAUCUUCCUGGUGCACUGUCUCCUCAAUCAGCAGGUGAGAGAGGAGUACAAGAGAUGGAUCAGAAGGAUUGAAAAAACCAGAACCAAGUCUCAGACAUCCGGGCUAUCUGUGUCAGGUAUCCCCAUGACCAUCGGAACUGAAUGGGAAAAGUCCGCCUGAAAAAGUGGAGACUUCUACUGCAUGUGGGGGAAAAUAAAGCCCAGCUCCAUUCCCAGCACCAGAAAUCCCUUUUUUACGCAGAAGAGGAAGAUGCUUAUCUCCGAUAUCCUCUGAUAGCUGCUACUCUAUGGCUUAUCCUUGUAUGGGGUAGGAGAGGGCUGUGUUCAUGUGUUUAAUUAUUUUAGUACCUUUGACUUCACCCAAGUGGUUGCAGUCUUGAAUGAGGGCCUGAUUCUGCUCCAGUUGAAGUCAACAAGAGCUUUUCCAUUGACUUCAGUGAGAGUGGGAUUGGGAGCAGAGAGCCAAAGAAUUGGCAAAACUAUCCAGUUAAUAAAAGGUGGAAACAAUGAUUUCAUUUUGCUGUCCUUCCCCAAAACCCUAAGGCUUGCCAUUUCCCAGCCUGGGAGAACUUGGGCCAGCUUCUCGUCUCAGUUUUGACUGAUACAAAUCCAGAAUUACUGAGGUAAGUGGAUUCACACCAGGAUAGCUGCAAGCAGAAUCUGGCCCCCUCUGCUUCUUUCUUUCUAUUGUGCUUGAUGUGCAAUCGAAAACUGUGAGGUUGGCGUACCUGUACCUGAUCAGCAUUAAAAGCCAGGUGAGAUCCUCGAUCAAUAUGGAACUGCUUAGCAUCCGCCUAGGAUUUAGCCAAUGUUGUAAUGAGGCCAUGUCUUCUCAAAUUACUGCCAGCUGGGUGGACAUUUGUGCAGAUGAACUCUGCAAGGAUGCAAAAUACAGAAACAAACCUGCAUUAGAGAGUCAAAAUCCACCUCCAUUUAAGUGCUCCCCGCAUGUGACAGCUCCUUAUAAAUAUCCAAGGUUCUUAUUAGAGCUGAGUGGAGAAUGUACAGCCAGUAAUUUGCUCUUAAAAUUUCCCUCUGUUUCUGUUUGUGAAAAAUUAUAUUUGUAUUAUUUGUUAAGCUUUGGAAAAGUGCAGGAGGAGUCAGAGGUGAAAUGAAGUGUUUGCUAUGGGGAAUAUUGAGGGGUUGUGACUUGCACCCCAUAAUGCUUUAUAAAAAUAUGCUUAUGAGUGUAAAUAUGACAUAACUGGAAUAUGUUUUCUGCUAGAUAUGCCAUGUAAAAUAUCUCUGCAAAGGUUAUGAUCUACUGAAUAUAG